UGGUAUGUGUUAGUCGUUUCCCCGUAAGAAAGAAGAUAAUUUCUUCAGUUGGCCAAAACAAUAAAAAGUGAGAAGGAAAAGAUCUGAGCAGCCAAGAAGCUAGCGCGUUCACACCUCUACUUGUUCUUUGUCAUUUACUUUAGUCCGGUUAAUCGCGAUAAAUUAUUAUUUUAAUAUCAUUAAUCCAAUCUAAAACCCCUUUUCCAAUCUCUUCCCUUACCCACUGAUUUCUUCUUCCACCAUUCCUCUCACUUUUUUUUGAGAUACACAAUUCUAGAUCUAUUCACCUUGAUGAACUCCUGUGCAGUUUCAUUUUAGGUUUAGCCUAAUUGAUUCGAUGUUUACCGGAAUUGCAUGACCAAUUUUAGUUAAAUUACGAGGUUUUGAUGUGAAGAGGUCACUGAAAUGGUGGGUUCCCAGAGUCCAACGGGUUCUUCCUCACAAGAAAUGAAGAGGUACGGAAUCACCAAGCCAAUCUCUGUAGCUGAGCCCGAGGCUGAUUUUCAGCGUAAUAGGGAUUUGGAGAAGUUUUUGGUUGAUUCGGGUCUGUAUGCGAGCGAAGAAGAGAUGCAAAAAAAAAGAAGUAUUGGGUGCCUUGAUCAGAUUGUAAAAGAUUGGGUUAAGCAAUUGAAGUCAAGGGGCUACACUGAUCAGAUGGUGGAGGAUGCAACGCCUUUUUUUACUUUUGGGUCUUAUCGUCUGGAGCCAUGCCCAGGGUCUGACAUAGACUGCUCUAUGUGUUGGGCCAUCUUACAUCAGUCGAGAGGAGAUUUCUUCAUUAUUUUGCAUGAUAUAUUAGCUGAAAUGGAAGAAGUUACUGAACUUCAACAUCCAGAUGCUCAUGUCCCAGUUAUGAAAUAAUUCCAAGGAGUAUCAAUCGAUCUUUAUGCAAGUAUUUCUCUUCUGGUUGUUCCCAAGUAAGACGUUGACAUUUCACACAUGUCGUGGCUGUGUAAUGUGAUGAUGCAAACUGUUCGAAGUCUUAAUGGGUGUAGGGUUGCAGAUCAAAUUCUUAACAUGUUCCAUACUUAGCCAACGCUCAGAUGUUUGAAGUUUUGGGCUAAAAGGCGUGGUGUUUAUUCAAAUGUUACUGGAUUUCUUGGUGGUGUAAAUUCUCUUUUGGUUGCACUGUGUGCCAUUUUAUCUAAUGCAAUUCCUAGUAUGCUGGUUUCUCUUUUCCAAGUUUACACGCAGUGGCGUUGGCCAAACCCUGUCAUGCUAUGUCCAAUAGAGGAGGAUGAACUAGGGUUCUCAGUAUGGGAUCCUCGUAAAAACCCUCGGGACCGAUCUCAUCAUAUGCCGAUAUAAACUCCAGCAUAUCCUUGUAUGAACUCUAGCUACAACGUCUCUGUAAGUAUCCGAGUUAUGAUGGAGCAGUUCCAGUUUGUCAAGAUCUGUGAGGACAUUGAGUUCAACAAAGCCCAAUGGAGUGCUCUUUUUGAGCCUUAUCUGUUCUUUGAGGCAUACAAGAACUAUCUGCAGGUUGACAUAGUUGCAGCAGAUGCUGAUGAUUUGCUGGCUUGGAAGGGUUGGGUGGAGUCACGGUUUAGACAACUUACCUUGAAGUGUAAAAGCGGAUACAAUGGGAUGCUGCAAUGCCAUCCAUAUCCAAAUGAAUACUUAGACACAUCCAAGCAGUGCCCAAAUUCUGUUUUUAUGGGUUUGCGGAGGAAAGAGGGAGUAAGUGAUCAAGAACGUCAACAAUUCGAUAUACGGGGAACAGUUGAUGACUUCAGGCAAGAGAUAGGGAUGUACAUGUUUUGGAAACCUGGGAUGGAUAUAUAUGUUUCUCAUGUACGCAAACAGCUUCCUGCUUUUGUGUUUCCGGAUGGAUAGCGAUCUCGACCAUCUAGGAACUUAAAUGAUCAGGAAGGAAAAACUUGUGAUGAUGUGUCUGCAUCUUUUGGAAGACAUGCUAAGAGGAAAAUUAAACAUGAAACUGAGGAGGUGAAGCCAAACAAAGCUGCGAGGCAGGCCUCUAUUAGUCCACAAGGCCAUUGUCUUUUUCCCAGAAUGAUGCAAGUAGAUCUGGUGUAG